AUGAAUGGCGACGUGGUGAUAGAGGGAAGCGAGGUGAUUCGGCGAGAAGUGAAAAUUGCGCCGUGGAAAGUCGGAAAGGUGAGUUUUUGGUAUUGAUUAGUGGCCGCCGAUAAAAUUCGACAAUUUUUCUAGGUGGCCUCGCCUCCGCCAAGUCCCGGACCCAUCCCAUCCGUCGAGAAUCGUCCGCCUCAGAACGGACGGCCCCCUAAAGUGUUCGGUCCGGUGCCCGAAACGAAGAAAUGCGGCGGUCAUCAUCGAGAAGUGCCGCCGCAAGAUCCGUGCUCCCCGCCGACGCCGCCCGCCGAGCAGAUCGACGAAACGCCGCCGCCGCCGCCGCCGCCCGCCGUCGACAUGGACGAUCCCGCGAACUGCGAGUGCUGCAAACUGCUGCUCGACUGCCAGACGCCCGUGAUCACGUACGUGAACGUGAGCAAGUCCGACGUGCUCUACGAUCGCACCAUCAACGUCUAUCGGCUGACCGGAAAACCGCCGCCGGUCCCCGACGAAGUGAGUUUUUCCACUUUUCCACAAAUCGAGUCCGUUUUUUGUGCGGUUGCCUUUAUGGUUUUCUGAAAAAUCUGACUUUAAAGCGGCGCAUGACGAAAUUUCGCCGAACAACGCUCGUUUUGUACCGUUUUUAGUGAAAUUUACCGAGAAAACCGCCAUUAUUGCAAUCGCGCUCUACCGUUCUAAGUGUGACAUGCAAAAGAGUCGAUAGUCUUGCAGGAAAAACCCGUUCCCCACAUCAAGCGCCAAUUGGAUCGAUUCGAAGAGGCGCGCUUUUGGGACCUAAUAGGCCUGAACGCAAAGUUUUACGGAAAACUGCAAACUCAACCGAGGCGGGUCACUCCCGCACGACUCGUCUUCAGUAAAUGUGUCUACGUAAGAGAAGAAUCGUCGCGAUCCGUCACCCGCGCACAUUUUUAUUUCAGCGCCUACACAACACGCGCCACUUCGCGGUGCCGCUCGACAAAAAAGUGCAAAUCAAGCGGGAAGACGUGCUGAAGCAAAAGUUCGAGGACGACAAGAAGCUGAUCAAGCGGAACCAGGCGUACGAUUGUCCGUGGGAGGAGUGCAUGCACUCGUUCCGCGAUCCGCAGGACAUGCGCAUCCACUACAUGUUCGAUCACGAGUCGGUGAAGCUGUUCUGUUGCGGCGAGCGCUACGAGAACUACGACGCGUUUCUCGAGCACUACGUGAACGCCGCCGACACGCGCCGACACUUUACGUGGAGCGCGCGCGAGUGUUGGGGCUGCGGAAAGCGUUCGGUCGACGAGACGGAAUUCUACGAGCACGCGAACAACUGCGACCUGCAGAUCAACCCGUUCCAGUGCCCGGACCCCCUGUGCCCGAUGCGCUACGACUCGCUGACCGAGUGCGUCGAUCACUUCUACCUGUGGCAUAAUGUAAGUCGGGAAGUAUGUACUGCGGUGGAAAGUGUCGGGUCCUUUUGUCUCUGUAGCUCACAAUAUUCGACGCCAACAAGCGACUUGUUGUUCAGUCGGCCGGUUCGAUCGUCAUCAACGACGCCGUGUACCCGAGCCGCGAGUCCAUCGAUCCCGACCUCCAAAUCAUUGACGACGGCCAACUGUGCGUCGGAUAUCCGUUGCGCGCCACCUACUACUGCCAGUUGUGCCAGAUCAACUUCGCCGCCGAACGCUACUACACCGAGCACGUCGUCGAUCACGGAGAGGUCGUUUUUUUGCUCCAACUUCAACUGACCCCAUUGUUUUCAGAGGCCGCACCUCUGGCUGAUUCCCACGAUCCUCUACUGUCUAAAGUGCCGCAAGAAGAAUUGCGCAUUCCAACGCGAGCGUCUUCUCGAACUCAUUCCAAAAAUCAUUCGAAUCGCGCGCGACGCGGAUCCCACCGAAUUCGGCCAGAAUCCGGUGUUUGCGAUCUUCAAGCUCUUCCUGACCGACGAGUACGUGGCGGUGCUGAAAAUGUUGGAGAUGAAAUUGAUCGCCGAGCGUCGGAAGCUGCAGGAGACGGGCCAGGAGACGCCGAUUCCGGAGGAUCAUCCGCCGUGCGACGACGCCCGUCUUGCCUACAUUCUCGAUUCUCUCGUCUUCCUGCACACGGUCGAGUACAAAGACGCGCGGCCUCUACUUCCGCAGCCGAUCGCCUGA